GAUUCUCAGCGAGGUGGGUGCAGGCUGGAACGUCCUCGCCCGGAGCCCAGCGGUGGGCAGGGUGAUGCUGAGGGGCUCGCAGGGGUCCCACUGCUCCUUCCUCUCCCCCAGGUGCACGCAGGGUCCAGCCAUGAGCUCCCAGCGAGCGCUGCAGGCUCGGAGGUUCCCCAUCGAGGCCGGCGACUGCCCCAGCUCAGAGGUGCCCCCCGAGGUGCAGGAGGCCCCGGGCCAAGAGCUGGCAGUGGGGAGGCAGCUGCGGCGAUGCCCCGGCAGCCACUGCUUGACGCUGCCCAACGUCCCCAUUGACGUGUUCAUCGCGACGGGCGGCAGCGGGCGGCCCCGCACCUCCUGAGGGAUGCCGAGGCCUCGCACGGGGCACAGCGUUUGU